AUGUUAUUCAAUGCGUACUAUCGGGGUCUCAUGCGCGAUGCCUGGAACGCAUGUCGGAUACAGAGAUAUUCUAACAAGACUCUUCAGCCUGAAUCUUCGCGACUUCUCGAAGAUGACCCCUACCAGGCGGGGUACGGCUACGGAGCCCUCAACCAUGCUCAGCAGGCCAACCAGCCGGAUCCGGAAUACGUGAGGCGCGAGCGGGAGGCAUUGGAUGCUAUCUGCCAACGGACUUCUGACUCCGUCAUUGACAUUUGGUCCCUGCAACCACAACCUCAUCUUCUUCCCCAGGCAACCCUUCACGGCCCGACCUCCGCAUCUGCAUCUCCAACCCCCGAAGAGGGCUCGCAGCUCACCGUAUCUGCCGAUAACAUCUCUCAACGGAGUCGGCCGACAUCUGGCGGCACUGUACCCAAACAUUGGGGUGAGGUCGUCAUCAACCCAAGCAAGAAGCGCUCCCGCCAAAACUUGGACACCGGCAACGAUUCCGCUCGCGAUGUCCGUGAUGUCCGCGAUGUGUUCGGUGUGCUCAAGGUGAACUAA